AUGCGCGGCUGGGACAAGAGGAUCACGCCGUUUGUCCAGCCAAAGCCAACGACACUCCCGUUCAGCAAGGCCUCCCAGUCGCCCGGGUCGGCGACGCGGCGCUUAAAGUCCCGCGUGUCGGCCCACAGUAGCAAAAGUACCCAGACAUGUGGCAGGCCAGAUCGACUCAACGUUUACGGCUCGCUGCCACCGCUUAGGGGAGUCAUGGACAGAAUCGUGUAUUGGUUGCUGGCGGGGCUAGACGGCAUGUCUAGCAGAGAGGACACUGCUGGCGGUGUCUUUGUACUCGGCGUCACCAACAGACCUAACCUCUUAGACUAG